AUGGUGCGCAAUAUUGUCGUGCUCGGCGGGAGCUCGCACCCGCAGCUGACCGAGACCAUCUGCAACCACCUCGGCAUCCCGCCCGCAAAGGUGCUCCUUGGCAAGUUCAAGGUGGGCGAGACACGCGUCGAGAUUGAAGAGAGCGUGCGCGGGAAGGAUGUCUUCAUCAUCCAGUCGGGAGGCGGUCCAGUGAACGACCAUCUGAUGGAACUCCUCAUCACCAUCUCGGCCUGCCAGACGGCCUCGGCCAAGCGCAUCACCGCCGUCCUGCCGCUCUUCCCCUACUCGCGCCAGUCGGACAUUCCCUACAACAAGACGGGCGCUCCUCUCGCCAAGAUCCCCGCCUCGCGCUCGCGCACCGGCACCUACAGCUUUGAGUCGCGCCCCCAGACACCGCACCCCGCCCACCCCGAGAGCGCCGGCCUGAGCGCACACGGCACCGCCACCCUGCACCACCAGCUCAGUCGCAUGAAGCUCGACGACCAGCGCAACCCGCCCUCGAACCCCUCGAACCCCCCGAGCCCCGUCAAGACAAACGGCCUGCGCCGCUCCGACACGCUCGACCUGACAAGGUCCGACGCUGUCGCCACAAAGCCCACCACCAAGCCCCCGGCCUUUGAGCCCCAGGUCGGAUACCGCCAGUGGGUGGCACAGGCAGGCACGCUGAUCGCCGACCUGCUGACGUGCGCCGGCGCCGACCAUGUCAUCACCAUGGACCUGCACGACCCCCAGUACCAGGGCUUCUUCGACAUCCCCGUCGACAACCUGUACGGCCGCCACCUUCUCCGCAAGUACAUCCAGGCCAACAUCCCCAACUACCACCAAGCCGUCAUCGUCAGUCCCGACGCCGGAGGCGCAAAGCGAGCCACCGCCAUCGCCGAUGCCCUCGGCAUGCCCUUUGCCCUCAUCCACAAAGAGCGCCGUCCCACCCAGAUCAGCGACAGGCAGAAUGCCACCAUGAUGCUGGUCGGCGACGUCGCCGACCGCACCACCAUUCUCAUCGACGACUUGGCCGACACCUCCAACACCAUCACCCGCGCCGCCAAGCUGCUGAAGAAGGAGGGCGCUUCGCAGGUCUUUGCCCUGAUCACGCACGGCAUUCUGAGCGGAGACGCCAUCGACCGCAUCAACGCCAGCGCCCUGGACAAGGUCGUGGUAACAAACACGGUCGACCAAGCCGAGCACAAGUCGCGCUGCCACAAGUUGGAGGUCCUGGAAGUCGGCAACGUCUUUGCAGAGGCCAUUCGACGUGUCCACCACGGCGAGAGCAUCAGCGUGCUGUUUGACUACAGCUAG